CAUGUUAAGAGUGAGGUAAGAGAGGCCAUAUGCUUCCGGUUCGACAGAGGACGCUCGAGGUUUGGCUCGCCGCAGUACUAUCAGGUUUAACGUCAGAGAUCGUUCGUACGUCUGUGCCUGUGGAGAGAAGGGUGGCGCGAGGCACAAGAUACCAUUAGUUACACAUAAAGCAUCAGCAGGAUCAGGAGUGUACGUGUGGUAAAAGUAGUUUCAGCUAGCAGACAAUAAUCUAUUCAAUAGAAGAGACAUACUUACUCUUUAGAUAAUUGCUUCUGUUACGCACUCCUACGAUUGAAAUAUGACUUUCUCUCUUUUUAUUGAUUUUUUAGUAGAAGGCCGCAGCCGCACGGACGUCCUGCCGGUAGCUCUCCGAUAUCAUGCACGCUCUUCAGUGAUUUUUUUUUGGUUUGGAGAGUGACCUACUAGUGUGCGUUCUGUUCCCACGCAGUGGUCACAAUAGGUAAAGGAAAUAAAGUCUGUUUCUGCUACUUGUGCUUUAAAGAGGGCACCACCCAGCCAGCGGCCAGGACACGAGACCAAACACAUGGGCGCCUUGCUAACAGGCAAGUGUUUGGAGGACGCCCGUGGCUACCAGCAGAGCUGCACAAAAAUAAAUGGCCCAUGCGAUCUCGUGGGUGACGUAGCUGCGGCGGGUGAUGCAGACCAUCAAAACGAUGGCACCACCCUGUGGACUUCCGUCAACGUGAUCGGGACGAAAAUAAAUUCACCAGCAACGUCUGCAGCGGAUCGCACAAGCGGCGUCUUCGGCCCGGCCUCAGAUUCUAGCCUUUCUCACGCAACCAGGUAUACGUCCGAUGAUAUGCGUUACAUGCUCGCGCUGAAGAAUUUCCGGGCCGCGCACGAGGAGCAAUCUGCUGCCAGUUUUCUUGGUGCGCUGUCAACAUCCGGCGCAGGAGCUAUCGAGCACAAUAAGAAUCCCACAUCACAGCACGAAGCAGUUGGUUCAAUCCACACCGCAAACGAGCUAAGCCUCACCGGCUCAUUUGUUGACCCGCUUGGUGGGUCUCUCGCGUCGCUGCUCGCCACGCAGGAAGACGCCGGCGUGAGCUUCUUCGCGGAUCAGGACGACAGUACGACGAGAUUUUUACGGCUCGGCCGUGCCGGGACGCACAGCGCACCGGUACCCCCACGCUCCCGACCGAAUCCGACACGGUCGACGCAUUAUCGCACAGGAAAAAGCUAUUACUACUUACCCCAUUACAAUCACAUGUGUAAUCUGUUUAUGCAGAAAUAAGCGCGCAGAUGAAAUACUAAAGUCUGUCUUGCAUAGUGUAGACAGAUUUUUCUACUAUUUUUGCAUUUCCAAUAUUAUAAUGAAUAAUAUGCUGUUACUAUGCUAGCCUUUUUCCGUAUCAUGCGCCUGGGCGCCAAGUCGUUCGUGGACCAACUACGGGCACACAAGGAACAGGAGAGAUAUUUGUGCCGUCUGUACGACAAGGCAAUUACGGGAUGCCAGCUGCAAAAAUUAGAGCGGCGGGGGAGCUGCAGCAGGAGAUGGAAAGAAAAACUUCUUCCGCACAAGAAGUUCUUGAGAUUUUUUCGCCAAAUCAGCUGUUUUUCCAACAGGAUUUAGAGGUUGUAGGUGCAUCAGGAGGUCGCGUCAAUAAACGGACUUCACUCCGGAACAAAGCGACUCCAGGACGCAACACGAAAAAUGCUUCCAGAACAUCUUCAGCCGUGGUUGUGCACGCGUCUGAACAAGAAGUUUUUCCUGAUAAUGAAAAAACCGCAAGUCGUGGUCGAAGGUAGCAUUCCGAUCUAGUUUUGAUGAAG